CAUACAUUUUGACAGUUCAUUUUGUUCUUCUCUUGGAUAUUUAUUCCUUUACACUAAACAAUUUGUAUACUUAUGUAGACAUAUAUAUAUAUAUAUAUUUUUUAUUUAAAAUGAGUGUUUCAAAGCAAAAUUCUUUAUUCAAUAUAUCGGCUACUUCGUCUCAUUUGGACAAUUAUGAAGAUAUACAAACAGUAAAUGUGAGAAAUUACAUAAAAGAUUUGUUGAAAUCGCGAAUAUUCUUAGGUCGCUAUCUCGAGAGGAGGCUUAUUGAUCAGCGUAUUGGUUAUCGUGACGUCGUCUUAGUCAGCCCUGCAGAAGUUGAGCUCAAGAGAGAUUUACAAGAAGCACAACAUAAGCUUCAAACUAUAUAUCCAAGUAUUCAUUGGAUUGGGAUAUCGGACUCUGAAGCUGUAGGCCACAAGUCUGGCGUUUGCCUCUGGACCGAGAUAGAUAACCAACCAUUCGGUCCAUUUUGGUUUCAAAUAAAAACUAUAAAAUUUCGAGAUACUGAAAUUAUUGUUAUUUUAAAAUGUGUGAGACAUAUAACAGAUUCUUUCUUAGAGAUAGAGCCAAUACUGACAGGAUCUAUAGAAAAAACGAUAAAUAAAAGUGAUGGGAAACAAACUACUAUUGAAUCCACAAUCAGUGAGACAUAUGGAGAUAUUGCUAAAAAUUUUCAAAGUGCAUUAUCAAUAAAAAAUGCCAAAGAAUUCUUAACCUUCCUGUUUGCUUUUGUAAUUGCAAUAUUCACGGGAAGUACUGCUUUCAUUAACUUUGUAGGCAACUUUAUUUUAGCUUUGGUCAGAGAAAUGUCUAUUUUAAUUAAAAAUUCAACCCCAAUGUUUUUGGGAUUUCUAGAUUUCUUGAGCAAGAUAGUUGGUGGUUUUUAUAUAUUAAUAGCAAUGUUUUUUAAGCCUAAUUCCCAGAACCCUUUGAAUAAGAGAAGUGUUGCAUAUUAUGAAAGAACUCCACAAAAUUAUGAUCCGAGACAUUUCGACUGAUAUAUUUAUAAGUAUUGUUUUAUUGUAUUGUGAUAUUUUGUUUUGGAUCUCAGUAAAUAUUACUAUAAUACAGACAUAUAAUUCUGUCAGGAAACAAACUAUUUUAAUAUAUUUUAGUAUGUGUUCAUGCUUGACUUGACAAGACAUGAAUAAUUCUCCUCGUAACUUUUUCAUUCCUUUUUUGGGUGAAGGUAUCUUACAUGUUUAUUUAAUUAUAAACAAAAAGAUUUGUUUUUAAUUUAUAAAUUAAAGGUUUUAUAAACAUCAGUUCUACAAUAAGUUUAAUUUUUAACAAAUAUGUGGUUUAGUAAAAAAAAAGGGAUUAGAUGUAGUUACUACAAAUAAUUGUCUUGAUUGCUGAGAAUAUGUUGUUUUAAUAAAUUCAAAGGCUAACCUUGAAUAAUGAUAUAUAAUUAAAUAUCAUUAAAAUUGUUAUUAAUUUUUUAUUGGGAAU